GGAGUUAGAGACUCAUCAGUCCAUUAGUUCUUUUGCCAUCAGUUUAAUUAUCAAGCUAAGGCUAGAUAUGGAUCACUCCAAACGAAUGUUCUUAGUGAUACUACCGGUAUUAUUCAUCAAUUUAGGUAGUCUAGUUUCAUCGCUGGAAGUGAGCCACGAUGGAAGAGCCAUUACAAUUGACGGUGUACCAAAAGUGCUUCUCUCUGGUGCCAUCCAUUAUGCUCGUAGCACAGCUGAGAUGUGGCCGGAUUUGAUGAAGAAAGCGAAGGAAGGUGGUUUGGAUGCAGUUGAGACAUAUGUUUUCUGGAACGCUCACGAACCGGUUCGUGGGCAGUAUGACUUUUCGGGCAAUCUUGAUCUCGUCCGGUUCAUCAAAACCGCCCAAGAUGCUGGCCUCUACGUUGUUCUUCGUAUCGGUCCUUAUGUUUGUGCUGAAUGGAACUACGGUGGUCUUCCAGUAUGGUUGCAUAACUUACCUGGUGUUACUAUGCUACGUACGGCCAAUGAUGUUUAUAUGGGGGCAAUGCAAAAUUUUACUAGCAAGAUAGUUGAUAUGGUGAAAAAGGACAAGUUAUUUGCAUCCCAAGGAGGGCCAAUAAUCUUAGCACAAAUUGAGAACGAAUAUGGCAAUGUUAAUGGCCCUUAUGGUGCUGCUGGAAAAGCCUACAUUGACUGGUGUGCUAACUUUGCCACUUCUCUCGACAUUGGUGUACCAUGGCUUAUGUGUCAACAAAAGGAUGCUCCAGCCCCUAUGCUUGAAACUUGUAAUGGUUGGUAUUGCGAUCAGUAUAAACCAAGUAACCUGAGUACUCCAAAGAUAUGGACUGAAAAUUGGACCGGAUGGUUCAAGAAUUGGGGUGGCAAAGACCCAUAUAGGACAGCUGAGGAUGUUGCAUAUGCUGUUGCAAGGUUUUUCCAAAGGGGUGGAACUUUCCAAAACUACUACAUGUAUCACGGUGGAACCAAUUUUGGUCGGACAGCAGGUGGCCCAUAUAUCACUACUUCAUAUGACUAUGAUGCCCCCCUUGAUGAAUAUGGAAACUUGAAGCAACCAAAAUAUGGUCAUCUGAAGGAGCUUCAUGAUGUGUUGCACUCGGUUGAGAAGACUAUUACCAUGGGUAAUAUUACUACUACUGAUUUGGACAAUUCUCUUCAGAUUACUGUUUAUGCUUUGAACGACACGUCAACAUGCUUCUUAAGCAAUGGAAACGAGACAAGUGAUGCCAUCAUAAAUCACCAAGGUGUUGAUUAUGAGAUUCCGGCUUGGUCUGUUAGCAUUCUCCCCGAUUGCAAGAUUGAAGCUUUCAACACCGCUAAAGUCAACACUCAAACUAAUGUGAUGGUUAAAGUGCCACAAAAUACAGUAGCAGAGGAGUCAUCUUCUUCGAUGAAAUGGUCAUGGAGGCCCGAGAAAAUCGACGACGCACUUCUCGGCAAAGGCGACUUCUCUUUCAAUCAGAUUCUAGACCAAAAGAUUGACAAUGAUGCAAGUGACUACAUGUGGUACAUGACAAGUGUCCAAUUAGGAGAGAAUGACCCGAUUUGGAGCGAUGAUAUGAGCCUUAGGAUCAAUCACACUGGUCAUGUAUUGCACCUUUAUGUGAACGGGGAAUACAUUGAUUCCAAUUGGACAACAUAUGGGGUUAACAGUUCGAGCUUUGAGACCGACAAAGUCAAAUUCAAACAUGGAAAGAACCAAAUCUCAAUCCUCAGUUCUACCGUUGGCUUGCAAAACUAUGGUUCUUUCUUUGACAUGGCUGAAGUCGGGAUAUCCGGCCCGGUUGAGAUCAUAGGAAGAAAAGGUGAUGAAACUAUUACCAAAGACCUUUCUUCCCACAAAUGGUCCUACACAAUUGGUCUUCACGGCGAAUCCCUAAAACUGUUUAGUAAUGGAUCACGUUUUGCUUCUCAAUGGCAAUCCAACAAUCUUCCCAUAAAUACUAAGAUGACUUGGUACAAGACUACAUUUUCGGCUCCGGUUGGAAGUGAUCCAGUAGUGGUGGACUUAUUGGGCUUAGGAAAGGGAAUUGCAUGGGUUAACGGAAACAAUUUGGGUCGUUAUUGGCCCAGCUAUCUAGCCGAAGACAACGGUUGCUCAUUGGACCCAUGUGAUUACCGAGGAUCUUAUACGAAUGAAAAAUGUGUUACAAAUUGUGGCCAACCCACACAAAGAUGGUACCAUGUUCCAAGGUCAUUCUUUAAGGAUGAGAGCAAUAAUGAGUUGGUCCUUUUUGAGGAAUUGGGAGGAAACCCUUCCAAUGUUACCUUUCAAACAGUGAGGGUGGGAAGUGUUUGUGCAAAUGCCUAUGAAAACAAAGUUAUGGAAUUGUCUUGCCAAGGAAGCUCCAUCUCCGCCAUUCGCUACGCCCAUUACGGGGAGACAAAAGGGCCUUGCGGGGAUUUCCAGAAGGGCAGUUGCGGCGGAUCUAAGGAUGCUUUAGACAUUAUCACAGCCGCAUGCAAAGGCAAGGCGUCGUGCACGGUGGCGGCUAACGACGGUCUUUUCGGAGAAGCUACCAAUUGUGGUGCUGAAACCAAGAAGAAGUUGGUGGUUGAAGCGGUUUGUGCUUAGAAUUGUUUUUCUUAUUUAGUUCAUUAAAUAAUUUAGGUGUCUUCCUAGUAGUGCCUUUUAGUUGGUCCGCUUGUUAUUUUUUUAAUUUUAGAUUUUAGAUAAUGAUAGUUAGUCAUUAGCACUUGAGUUUUGGUACGUAUGAUUAUUAGGUUGGUAGUGACCUUUUUAAAACUUAAUAAAGACCAAAUCAUUAUUAUUUUAUGAUUA